AUGUCUGCAGUAUCACGAUUCAGCCUCACCUCUCACAAAGCCACCGAUGGUGUCUUCCGCGCCUUAACCGAAUCGCGCGUCCAAACACCAUGGAUAGAGGCAUUGCGCAGAAAACAGCGCAAGGGCGAGGACCCGUCGCAGCCAUCAGGGAAAUCCCAAGUCCCUGCUGAUCGGAAGCUUGAGCCCAAGAAAAUGUCUGACAGCUAUCACCGAGUUAUUCUUCCGCUUGCCCAAGAUCCAUGGUUGUUGGACACUUAUUUGAACUCGUCGGGGCAUAUCAGACUUGGCACCAUCUUCAUGGACCUCGAUGCCCUAUCCGGCGUUGUUGCUUAUAAGCACACUGGCGAUGAUGUCACUACCGUCACUGCAGCUUGCGACAGAAUUACGAUCCGAAACCCUCUCACCGAGAUUUGUGACCUCGAAUAUAGCGGCCGAGUCACCUAUGCAACGGGUCGAAGUAGCAUGGAAAUCACCCUACAGGUAGCAAAGGCCCCUAAGGAGGGCGAGAAGGUUAAGGACGAAGACGUUCUGUUGCAUUGUAGCUUCACCAUGGUCUCACUAGACCCAGGUACCAAGAAGCCCGUCAACGUCAACCCCAUCGUUCCCGAAACAGAAGAGGAAAAACGGCUCUUUGCUCUAGGAGAACAAAACUCCAAGCAUCGCAAAGAGCUGAAGACAAAGUCCCUAAUCAAACACACCCCCAACGAUCUCGAGAGUGACUUGAUUCAUGCACUUUGGCAGAAACAGCUGCAGUACCAUGACCCCAAUGAUUCGCUGCGGAGACCCUCAAACGUGUACCUCAUGAAGGACACCAAGCUCCAAACAGCCAGUAUCAUGCAACCGCAAUACCGCAAUCGCCACCACUUCAUGAUCUUCGGCGGCUUCCUUCUGAAACAAACGUUCGAGCUCGCCUUCUGCUGUGCCGCAUCAUUUGCGCACGCCCGGCCGACGUUCGUGUCUCUGGACCCGAGCACGUUCCUCAACCCGGUUCCGGUCGGCAGCGUCUUGUACCUUACGGCGACAGUUGUGUACACCGACCCGCCGAUCGUGUCGGCGCCGGAUGACAAGGAACAAGCGAACAGCAAGUACACGCGAAUCCAAGUCAGGGUCGACUCGAAGGUGCGGGACGUGGAGCACGGCGUGGCGAAACCCACCGGCCAGUUCAACUACACUUUCACCGUGGACAAGGACAUCAAGGUCAUGCCCGAGACGUAUACGGAGUUUAUGAUGUACAUCGACGCGCGUCGUCGCGUGAAGCAGGUGGAAGCCAGCUUCGCCGAUACCGGGCCUGUAAAUGGUGAACACGUCGAUCCUGGAGAGACGGAAAGAGUAACAGAAUAG